CUGACAUCGACCAAUCUAGCCGAAAUACGAGCUGUAAAGGCGCGUAGAUCUAAUUGGUUCGCGGUAGCUCGCAACUGCUAACAUCCUAGCCAUAUUGGAGAUCUUCGUAGCUUCGUAAAUCCUACCUUUGCCGAAUUGGAUACUUGGAGAUGAAUGAUAGACACCGGUUGGAUUCAACAACUCGGCAAGUGCGCGCUGCGUGUUCGAAGAGAAGACAAGGAGAGGUAUCGUUGUUAUAGUCCCCUAUGGGUUGACUUCGCCGCCUCCUCCAUCGUCUCGCACCGUGCCCUACAUAAAAUAUUACUCUUUGUGUUGGCGGAUUGGACAUGAUUGCAGCGGCGUGGACUCUUUUCGCUGCGUCACUUCUUCUCGGGGUCGAUGCAAGUCCAACGAAGCGGUCGUUCAGCCUCAAUCGGAGAACCGAUGGCUUCCCGUAUCCUCUCGAUGAAGUAGACAAGCUAGAAGAAGAUGGCUUGGCCAAGUUCGAAGCGUAUCUCGCGAAGAAAAAGACCUCGUCUCAUGGCUGCACGCUGGAGAAUGCGGGUAAGAGGAUGGAAUGGCAUGAUCUCACCGUCGCCCAGCGGGAAGAGUAUAUCCAAGCAGUGCUUUGUCUCCAGAAGAAGCCUCCAAAAGCGGAUACGGCGAAGUAUCCGGGUGUGCUGAGUCGGUAUGAUGAUUUUGUCUUGACGCAUGAGACGCAGGCGAUGCAUCUUCAUUCAACCCCACAUCUGUUCCCAGCCCAUCGCCUGUACAUCUGGGCGUAUGAAAAGGCACUUCGUGAGGAAUGUGGCUACACUGGAUAUCAGCCUUACUGGAAUUGGGGAAGAACCGCAGCCGAUCCACUGAAUGCCCCAAUCUUCAACGGCAACAUGUCCAGCAUGGGCGGCAACGGCCUCAAAGCCGACUACCCCGGCGUCCCAACCAUGGGAUUCAAGAAACCCUAUGAUAUGAUCCCCGCCGACCUGGGCGGAGGCUGCGUCACUCAAGGCCCCUUUGCAAACAUGACCGUCUCCCUCGGCCCCAUCGGCACCGUCCUCACUGACAUCCCCAAAAACCCUCGAGCCGAUGGCUUCGGAUCGAACCCGCGCUGUCUGCGCCGCGAUAUCAAUCGCUACGCCUCGUCGAUGCUGUACGCGAAUUACACAUACAAUCUCAUCACGCAGGCCGACACGGUCGAUUUGUUCCAGAGGAAUAUGCUGGGUAUGCCGGAGAAGAAUGAUUGGGGUGUGCAUAUGGCGGGGCAUUAUACUAUCGGCGGGGAUCCUGGUGGUGACUUCUACUCGUCCCCAGGCGACCCCCUCUUCUGGUUCCACCACGGCAUGGUGGACCGCGUCUGGUGGAUCUGGCAGAUGCAGGAUCCGGAGAAGAGGAUGGGCGUGUUACCGGAUAAUCCGCCCAAAGAUGAUUUUGUGGAUUUGAAUUGGACGGCCGAAAGGGCGCAGACGUAUGAUUUGAAUGAUAGUAUUGGGGGAAAUGGGGGGAAGUUUUGUUAUAUCUAUGUUUGA